AUGGGAGACUCCCUAGAUGGGAGUGAGAAUACUCCUGAAGCUCAGAAUGUAGUCGUCGUCGAUUUUCAGGAAUUUGCAAAUUACCUACGCCGCGCAGCAACGGUACUUUUGCCUGAAGAUGACAUCGUUCCACCGGCUUUGAACGCUGCACUCGACGAUAAAGUGAAUCAAGACUGCAUAAGAAAAUUCGUCUGUGAUCCUCAAGUUUCGUCAUUAUAUGUGCAGCGAUUCUCAUCCAAAGAAGAUGACAAUGAACAGCCAACUGAAGGUGAAGAGGAGAAAGAAGCUGUCACAUAUCAGAUCAGCAAUGAGGUGCACUUCACUUCUCCACGUGUAGCAGCAUUUGUGUGUAUCAAACGUGGGGCAGUAAUUGAAGCAGACAAGUCCAUACAUAGCCAGCUACGCCUCAUCAACCUCUCUGAUGGCUCUCCUUAUGAGACACUCCAUGCUUUCAUUAGCAAGACCAUGGCACCUUUUUUUAAAAGUUAUGUCAAGGAAAGUGGUAGAGCUGACAGAGAUGGAGAUAAAAUGGCGCCAUCUGUUGAAAAGAAGAUUGCAGAAUUGGAAAUGGGUCUUUUGCAUCUGCAGCAGAAUAUAGACAUCCCUGAGAUUACUCUGCCAGUACAUCCUUUGGUAGCAGCUGUCAUCAAGCGAGCUGCAGAUGAAGGGCGCAAGCCUCGUGUGGCAGAUUUCGGUGAUAAAGUUGAGGAUUCUACAUUCCUUAAUCAACUACAAAACGGUGUUAAUAGAUGGAUUAAAGAGAUUCAAAAAGUCACCAAACUGGAUCGAGACCCUUCCAAUGGUACAGCUCUCCAGGAAAUAUCUUUUUGGCUCAACCUAGAAAGAGCACUACAUCGUAUUCAAGAGAAACGAGAAAGCAUUGAGGUGGCUCUAACUUUAGAAAUUUUGAAGUACGGGAAACGUUUCCACGCCACUGUCUCAUUCGACACCGAUACAGGCUUGAAACAAGCCCUUGCAACUGUCUCUGACUACAACCCUCUCAUGAAAGACUUCCCUAUAAAUGAUCUGCUCAGUGCUACCGAACUUGAGAGAAUCAGGUUGGCAGUUCAACAAAUUUUCUCUCAUCUUCGCAAAAUUCGCUCAACCAAGUAUCCCAUCCAAAGAGGAUUGAGACUCGUCGAAGCUAUUUCCCGUGAUCUUGGACAACAACUAUUAAAAGUGCUCGGAACACGUCGUCUGAUGCAUAUUCCGUUUGAAGAUUUCGAGCGAGUUAUGACACAAUGUUUCGAAGUGUUCUCAUGUUGGGACGAUGAAUAUGAGAAACUGCAAGGCUUAUUACGCGAUAUAGUAAAGAAGAAGCGCGAUGAACACCUUAAGAUGGUAUGGCGCGUUUCACCAUCUCACAAACGGCUGCAAGCACGCAUGGAACACAUGCGCAGAUUCAGGCGACAUCACGAACAACUGCGCACUGUCAUGCUUAGGGUACUUCGUCCACGCGCCACUGUGGCUACAGAAACUGGUGCCGGCGGAGAGCCAGCUCAACCGCAUUCGCUACCUAUGGAUGCCGCCGAUGCUAAUGCAAUUGCUGAGGUGAACUUAGCAUACGAAAAUGUCAAAGAAGUAGACUGUUUAGACAUUUCUCGGGAAGGAUGUGAUGCUUGGGAAGCCGCUGUCCGUCGUUAUGAAGAUAGAAUUGAUCGCGUCGAAACCCGUAUCACAGCUCAUCUUCGCGACCAACUCGGAACCGCCAAGAAUGCCAACGAGAUGUUCCGUAUUUUCUCCCGUUUCAAUGCGCUAUUUGUGCGGCCGCACAUUCGCGGCGCCAUCCGCGAGUACCAAACUCAACUCAUACAGAGAGUGAAAGAUGACAUUGAAACCCUGCACGAGAAAUUUAAGGUUCAAUAUCCGCAAUCGAAAUGCAGCCGUCUCUCCUUAGUACGUGACCUACCGCCCGUUGCUGGAUCCAUCAUUUGGGCAAAGCAGAUUGAUCACCAACUCACUGCUUAUUUAAAAAGAGUUGAAGAUGUUCUUGGCAAAGGUUGGGAAAACCACAUUGAAGGUCAAAAAUUGAAAGCUGACGGCGAUAGUUUCCGACUUAAACUGGACACACAAGAAGUAUUUGAUGAUUGGGCCCGCAAGGUACAGCAACGUAACCUCGGCGUGUCUGGGCGUAUCUUCGCCAUAGAAUCUGUACGUGCUCGAUCCAGCAAAACAGGCACCAUACUGAAAUUGAAAGUUAACUUCCUACCUGAAAUUAUAACCCUAUACAAAGAAGUCCGCAACUUGAAAAAUCUUGGAUUUAGGGUGCCACUGGCUAUAGUAAAUAAAGCUCAUCAGGCCAACCAACUCUACCCAUUCGCCAUCUCGCUCAUUGAAAGUGUACGCACUUACGAGCGAACUUUAGAGAAGAUUCGCGAUAAGGCUUCGAUCAUCCCAUUAGUUGCUGGUCUUCGGCGCGACGUACUGAACCAGGUGUCUGAGGGCAUGGCGCUUGUCUGGGAAUCCUACAAGCUGGACCCUUAUGUACAAAGACUCAGCGAGGUUGUGCUACUCUUCCAAGAAAAGGUGGAGGAUCUCCUGGCAGUAGAAGAGCAGAUCUCAGUAGACGCGCGGUCUCUGGAAACGUGCCCGUACUCUGCUCAGAGCCUGGCAGACAUACUGAGCCGCCUGCAGCGCGCCAUCGAUGAUUUGUCACUGCGCCAGUAUAGCAACCUGCACCUCUGGGUCCAACGCCUCGAUGAAGAGGUUGAAAAAAGCCUUGCUGCUCGUCUACAAGCCGGUGUAGAAGCCUGGACUGCCGCCUUGUUAGGCAAGAGUAACGAAAUGGAUCUGUCAAUGGAUACAUACUCGCCAGCUGAACCCACUCACAAGCCAGGCGGUGAACCUCAGAUUGCUCGUGUAGUGCACGAGGUGCGUAUAACCAACCAGCAAAUGUACCUGUUCCCAUCACUUGAGGAGGCGCGUUUCCAACUCAUGCGACAGAUGUUUGCGUGGCAAGCAGUUGUCACUAGCCAACAUCGUCUUCAAAGCACCAGAUAUCAGGUGGGUGUCGCUCGCGCCCAAACGGCUACAUACAGAAAUCUUCUGACUAAACUUCCUGGAGGUUCGUCACCACUCGAAAAUGCAUACGACGCCAUCGAACAAAAGAUAUCGCAAGUUCGCGAGUAUGUCGAUGAGUGGCUACGUUACCAAGCUCUGUGGGAUCUUCAACCAGAAAGCUUGUAUGGUCGUCUCGGAGAAGACAUCACUUUGUGGAUAAAGUGUCUGAAUGAUAUCAAGAAGUCGCGUACAACGUUCGACACGUCGGACACGCGUAGAGAAUAUGGACCAGUGGUCAUCGAUUUCGCGCGCGUUCAGAGCAAAGUCGCACUCAAAUAUGACGCUUGGCACAAAGAGGUGCUUGGCAAAUUCGGCGCUCUGCUUGGCGGCGAAAUGGUCACCUUCCACUCGCAACUGGCUAAGUCACGCAACCAGCUUGAGCAGCAGACUAUUGAAGCGGCAUCGACCAGUGACGCCGUUUCUCUAAUCACUUACGUACAGCAGCUAAAGAGAGAAGUUCUGGCAUGGGAGAAGCAAGUCGACAUAUAUAGAGAGGCUCAACGUAUCUUGGAAAGACAAAGAUUCCAGUUCCCAACACAAUGGCUUCAUGUAGAUAACAUUGAGGGUGAAUGGAGCGCUUUCAAUGAAAUUAUGCGCCGUAAGGAUUCCUCAAUUCAGACCCAGGUUGCAUCCCUCCAACAAAAGAUCGUAGCCGAAGACAAGGCGGUCGAAGCGCGUACCUUGGAGUUCCUCACUGAAUGGGAGCGCAGCAAGCCUACCGAUGGCUCGACAAGACCAGAGGACGCUCUGUCUAGGCUCCAAGCAAUGGAAACCAGGUACACGAGACUAAAAGACGAGAGGGACAACGUAGCAAAGGCUAAGGAAGCCCUAGAACUACAUGAUACAGGUAGCUCAGUAAACAAUGAGCGUAUGACCGUUGCUUUAGAGGAAUUGCAAGACUUACGUGGUGUUUGGUCCUCGCUUAGUAAAAUAUGGACCCAAAUUGAUGAUAUUCGAGAGAAGCCGUGGCUCUCCGUACAGCCAAGGAAGCUCAGGCAACAACUGGAAGCUAUGUUGACUGAACUUAAAGAUCUACCAGCUCGACUCCGGAUGUACGAUAGCUAUGAGUAUGUACGGAAAUUGCUGCAGUCUUACACAAAGGUGAACAUGCUGAUAGUGGAACUGAAGUCAGACGCACUGAAGGAGCGCCACUGGAGACAACUAUGCCGCGCUCUCAAGGUGGAGUGGUCACUGUCUGAGCUGACCCUUGGCCAAGUGUGGGAUGCUGACUUGCUCCACAACGAGCACACCGUCAAAGACGUGGUCUCUGUUGCGCAGGGAGAAAUGGCUCUUGAAGAAUUCUUGAAACAGGUGCGCGAAUCAUGGCAGAGCUAUGAAUUGGACCUCAUCAACUACCAGAACAAAUGCAAAAUCAUUCGUGGCUGGGAUGAUCUCUUUAACAAAGUCAAGGAGCACAUCAACAGCGUCGCUGCAAUGAAACUCUCGCCAUAUUAUAAGGUAUUUGAAGAAGAAGCAUUAACCUGGGAAGAGAAACUGAACCGCAUCAAUGCGCUGUUCGAUGUAUGGAUCGAUGUGCAGCGCCGAUGGGUCUACUUGGAAGGUAUCUUCAGCGGUUCAGCUGAUAUAAAAACUCUAUUGCCUGUUGAGACUAGCCGCUUCCAAAGCAUCAGCUCUGAAUUCUUGGGCCUUAUGAAGAAGGUGAGCAAGUCGCCGAUGGUAAUGGACGUGCUAAACAUUCCGGGAGUACAACGAUCUCUGGAACGACUUGCUGAUUUACUCGGCAAAAUACAAAAGGCUCUCGGUGAAUAUCUCGAGCGGGAAAGAAGCAGUUUUCCAAGGUUUUAUUUCGUGGGAGACGAAGAUCUGCUGGAAAUCAUCGGUAACAGCAAGAACAUUGCGCGCCUACAGAAACAUUUCAAAAAAAUGUUUGCAGGCGUUGCCGCUAUCAUAUUGAACGAAGACAACACAGUUAUUAACGGCAUUGCGUCCCGCGAGGGCGAAGAAGUGUAUUUCUUGUCCCCUGUGUCCACUAUAGAGAAUCCAAAGAUCAACUCGUGGUUGUCUAUGGUGGAACGCGAAAUGCGCAUGACUCUUGCGUGCCGGCUUAAAGAUGCCGUUGGAGACGUAAAACAGUUCAAAGACGGGAAUGUAGACCCGCAGAAGUUUAUAGAUUGGUGUGACAAAUAUCAAGCCCAGAUUGUGGUACUGGCUGCUCAAAUUCUGUGGUCAGAAGACGUAGAAGCCGCACUUGCAAGUGGCGGCGGAGACGGCUUGAAGCGAGUUCUGGCUCAUGUAGAGAACAUGUUGAAUAUCUUAGCUGAUUCCGUACUACAAGAACAGCCGCCCCUGAGGAGAAGGAAACUUGAACACUUGAUAAACGAGUUCGUCCAUAAGCGUACAGUGACACGUCGACUGAUCGCAUCCGACGUGAAUAGUCCACGCUCCUUUGAAUGGCUCUGCGAAAUGCGCUUCUACUUUGAUCCCAGAAACAAUGAGGUACUGCAACAGCUGACUAUUCACAUGGCAAAUGCUAAAUUCCUGUAUGGCUUCGAAUAUUUGGGCGUACAAGAUCGGCUCGUACAGACCCCUCUCACUGACCGCUGCUACCUUACUAUGACCCAAGCUUUAGAAGCUAGGCUUGGAGGAUCUCCAUUUGGUCCUGCUGGUACGGGUAAGACCGAAUCGGUGAAGGCUCUUGGUAAUCAGCUCGGCCGCUUCGUGCUAGUCUUCAACUGUGAUGAAACAUUCGAUUUCCAGGCUAUGGGUCGUAUAUUUGUCGGUCUUUGUCAGGUGGGUGCAUGGGGUUGUUUCGACGAGUUCAAUCGUCUAGAAGAGAGAAUGUUAUCGGCCGUGUCCCAACAAGUCCAGACAAUUCAAGAGGCACUCAAGAGCCACCAGGAAGGCGAUAACACAAGUAAAUCCAUCACAGUAGAACUCGUUGGCAAACAAGUACGCGUGAGCCAAGAUAUGGCAAUCUUCAUAACAAUGAACCCUGGUUAUGCUGGCCGCUCCAACUUACCAGACAACUUGAAAAAGUUGUUUCGAAGUUUAGCCAUGACUACUCCAGACCGGCAGCUCAUUGCUGAAGUGAUGCUCUUCAGCCAAGGAUUCAGAACUGCUGAAAAAUUGGCCUGCAAGAUAGUACCAUUCUUCAAACUAUGCGACGAACAACUGUCGAACCAGUCUCAUUACGACUUUGGCCUGCGCGCUCUAAAAUCUGUGCUCGUCUCCGCCGGAAACGUCAAAAGAGAUCGCAUACAAAAAAUUAAGGAGAACCUAAUUGAACGCGGCAACGAAGUACCAGACGAAGCGUCUAUAGCUGAGUCCCUGCCUGAACAAGACAUCCUGAUACAAUCGGUGUGCGAAACUAUGGUACCCAAGCUGGUAGCUGAGGAUAUACCGCUGCUGUUCUCAUUACUCAACGACGUGUUCCCUAAUGUUGGAUACACACGAGCUGAGAUGACUGGCCUUAAGAAUGAAAUUCGUGCUGUUUGCGCUGAAGAAUUUCUUGUAUGUGGUGAAGGCGACGAACAAGGCUCUACAUGGAUGGAAAAGAGGCUGGGCGCUGCAACGCGCGCGCAAUACAGUACCUGGAUCGACAAGGUGCUCCAGUUAUACCAGAUAUGCAAAUUGAAUCACGGCCUGAUGAUGGUGGGUCCGUCUGGAAGUGGCAAAUCUACUGCCUGGCGUGUGCUGCUUAAAGCUCUAGAAAGAUUUGAAGGAGUUGAAGGGGUGGCACAUGUGAUUGACCCGAAGGCUAUGUCAAAGGAGACAUUAUACGGUGUCCUCGAUCCUAAUACUCGUGAAUGGACUGAUGGUCUAUUCACACAUAUACUCAGGAAAAUAAUCGACAACGUUCGCGGUGAGAUCAACAAACGUCAAUGGAUUAUCUUUGAUGGCGAUGUGGAUCCAGAGUGGGUGGAGAAUUUGAAUUCGGUGCUCGAUGAUAACAAGCUGCUCACGCUGCCCAACGGCGAGCGGCUUUCGCUUCCACCCAACGUGCGGGUUAUGUUUGAGGUGCAAGAUCUAAAAUAUGCCACUUUGGCAACAGUAUCGCGUUGCGGAAUGGUGUGGUUCUCGCAGGAUGUGUUAACUACAGAAAUGAUCUUUGAAAACUAUCUGAUGAGGCUAAAGAACAUUCCUCUAGAAGAUGGAGAGGAGGAUUCCUUCAGUAUCGUAAUGGCCGCCCCGACUGCAGGUGGUGAUCAAAAUGCAACUGAGAACAUUCUCUCCCCUGCAUUACAGACCCAACGCGACGUAGCCAUAAUCCUCCAACCGCUGUUCUUCAGCGACGGAUUAGUGGUGAAGUGCCUGGAGCAUGCCGCAACUCUCGACCAUAUUAUGGACUUCACGCGGCAUCGUGCACUCUCGUCGCUGCAUUCCAUGCUUAAUCGUGGUGUCAGGAAUAUUCUUGCAUACAAUCGGCAACAUCCUGACUUCCCUAUCACCAAUGAACAACUGGAAGCAUAUGUUCCUAAAUGGCUUGUAUACUCCUUACUGUGGUCAUUCUCUGGUGACGCUAAACUAAAGGAUCGUAAUGAAUUAGGAGACUUCAUAAGAUCAGCCAGCACUAUGCCAUUGCCUAACUGUGGACCUAAUCAACAUAUCAUCGAUUUUGAGGUGUCGAUAACCGGCGAGUGGGUGGCGUGGUCGGCGAAGGUGCCGCAAAUAGAGGUGGAGACGCACAAAGUGGCGGCGCCCGAUGUUGUGGUGCCCACGCUGGACACUGUGCGACACGAAGCCUUGCUCUACACAUGGCUGGCUGAGCACAAGCCACUUGUACUAUGUGGCCCACCGGGAUCUGGUAAAACAAUGACGCUAUUCUCGGCUCUGCGAGCUCUACCUGAUAUGGAAGUCGUCGGCCUGAACUUCUCCUCUGCCACCACUCCCGAGCUGCUACUUAAAACGUUCGAUCAUUAUUGCGAAUACAGAAAGACGCCUAAUGGAGUAGUGCUCGCACCUGUACAGCUGGGCAAAUGGCUGGUGCUAUUCUGUGACGAAAUCAACUUGCCGGAUAUGGAUCAGUAUGGCACACAGCGCGUUAUUUCAUUCCUGAGACAGCUGCUUGAACACAAAGGCUUCUACAGGGCAAGCGAUCACUCGUGGGUGCACCUAGAGCGGAUUCAAUUCGUAGGCGCGUGCAACCCGCCCACGGACCCGGGCCGCAAGCCGCUGUCGCAUCGGCUACUGCGGCACGUGCCUGUCAUAUAUGUCGACUAUCCCGGGGAGACGUCGCUCGAACAGAUUUACGGUACAUUCACGCGGGCGAUGCUCCGCAUGCAGCCAGCUUUGCGUGGAUACGCGGAGCCACUGACGCAGGCGAUGGUGAAACUGUACCUCGCGUCGCAAGAACGGUUCACACAAGAUAUGCAACCGCAUUACGUGUACUCGCCCAGAGAGAUGACUAGAUGGGUGCGCGGUAUUUGCGAGGCUAUCAGGCCGCUUGACAACUUGUCUGUUGAAGGCCUGGUACGGUUGUGGGCACACGAAGCACUACGUCUCUUCCAAGAUCGAUUGGUGGAAGACUCUGAGCGACAGUGGACCGACGAGAAUAUCGACAAUGUAGCCAUGCGAUUCUUCCCAGGAAUCAACAGAGAACAGGCAUUAGAGCGGCCGAUCCUAUACAGCAACUGGCUAAGCAAGGAUUAUGUGCCGGUACAAAGAGAUCAACUUCGCGAAUACGUCAAAGCUAGACUGAAGGUGUUUUAUGAAGAGGAACUGGACGUGCCCUUAGUGCUUUUCGAUGAAGUGCUAGACCAUGUACUGCGUAUCGACCGUAUCUUUAGACAGCCGCAGGGGCAUUUGCUACUUAUUGGUGUCUCCGGCGCGGGUAAAACCACUCUCAGUCGAUUUGUCGCAUGGAUGAAUGGAUUGAGCAUAUUCCAAAUUAAGGUGCACAACAAGUACACGGGCGCGGACUUCGACGAAGAUCUACGAUCAGUGCUGCGUCGCUCCGGCUGCCGUGACGAGAAGCUCGCCUUCAUACUGGAUGAAUCCAACGUACUCGACAGCGGCUUCCUCGAGCGCAUGAACACCCUGCUCGCCAACGGAGAGGUGCCUGGUUUAUUCGAGGGCGAUGAGUUUGCCGCUUUGAUGACUCAAUGCAAGGAAGGUGCUCAAAGAGAAGGCUUGAUGUUGGAUUCCAACGAUGAACUGUAUAAAUGGUUCACCGGUCAAGUGAUGCGUAAUUUACACGUAGUGUUUACAAUGAAUCCAUCGUCGGAGGGCCUGAAAGACCGCGCAGCGACUUCCCCUGCUCUUUUCAACCGUUGCGUUCUCAACUGGUUUGGAGAUUGGAGUGAUGGUGCCCUCUUCCAGGUGGGCAAAGAGUUCACGCGUCGCAUGGACCUGGACUCGUCGGAGUACAGCGCGCCGGAAGCGUUCCCGGCGGCGUGCGGCGAGGUGGGCGCGCGGCCCGGGCAGCGCGACGCCGUCGUGAACGCCUGCGUGUACGUGCACCAGACGCUGCACCGCGCCAACGCGCGCCUCGCCAAGCGCGCCAACCGCACCAUGGCCAUCACGCCCAGGCAUUACCUCGACUUUAUACAACAAAUGGUGAAGCUGUAUGCCGAGAAACGCGCCGAUUUGGAGGAACAACAGCUUCAUUUAAAUGUCGGUUUGGGCAAAAUAGCAGAGACCGUGGAACAGGUGGAAGAAAUGCAAAAAAGUCUCGCCGUUAAAUCGCAGGAACUACAACACAAGAAUGAGGCGGCCAAUGCCAAAUUGCGCCAGAUGGUGAAGGAUCAACAAGAAGCUGAAAAGAAGAAAGUUGAAAGCCAAGAAAUUCAGGUCGCUCUAGAGAAGCAAACAAAAGAAAUAGAAGCAAAACGCAGAGAUGUAAUGGCUGACCUCGCGCAAGUGGAGCCGGCUGUCAUUGAGGCGCAAAACGCGGUGAAAUCUAUUAAGAAGCAACACCUGGUAGAAGUACGAUCUAUGGGCAACCCUCCAGCGAUAGUAAAGGUUGCUCUGGAAUCCAUCUGCUUGCUACUCGGCGAGAACGCAACCGACUGGAAGGCAAUCCGGGCCGUCAUCAUGAGAGAGAACUUCAUCAAUAGCAUCGUCUCCAACUUCUCUACUGAGGACAUAACUGACGAUGUUCGCGAGAAAAUGAGGACGCGCUAUCUAAGCAAUCCCGACUAUAACUUCGAAAAGGUGAACAGGGCCAGUAUGGCUUGCGGCCCCAUGGUCAAAUGGGCUAUUGCACAGAUUGAAUAUGCAGACAUGUUAAAACGCGUAGAACCACUGCGCAAUGAGCUGAAAGCUCUCGAAGAUCAAGCUCAAAGCAACGUAAAGGCAGGUGAUGGGGUGCGGGAACUGAUCGCUCAACUAGAGAAGUCGAUAGCUUCGUACAAGGAGGAAUACGCGCAACUUAUCAGCCAGGCGCAGGCUAUUAAGACUGACCUGGAGAACGUGCAGGCUAAGGUCGACCGAUCAAUAGCGCUAUUGAAGAGUUUGGUAAUUGAACGGGAACGAUGGGAAUCAAGUUCGGAGACAUUCCGCUCGCAGAUGAGCACCAUUGUUGGUGAUGUAUUACUCUCCGCUGCCUUUAUCGCUUAUGGAGGAUACUUUGAUCAACAUUACCGUCAAAACCUGUUUUCAACGUGGACAGCGCAUCUAGCGGCCGCCAACAUCAAGUACCGCGCGGAUAUCGCACGCACCGAGUACCUCAGUAAUCCCGACGAGCGCCUCCGCUGGCAGGCCAACGCGCUACCCACAGACGAACUCUGUGUCGAAAACGCUAUCAUGCUUAAGCGUUUCAACCGGUACCCUCUUAUCAUCGAUCCGUCCGGUCAAGCGACAGAGUUCAUAAUGCGUGAAUUCAAAGAACGCAAGAUCACCAAAACGUCUUUCCUUGAUGACUCAUUCAGGAAGAAUCUCGAAUCAGCUCUGCGAUUCGGCAACCCGUUACUUGUACAGGACGUAGAGAAUUACGAUCCGAUCCUGAACCCAGUGUUGAACCGCGAGCUACGUCGCACUGGUGGCCGUGUGCUGAUCACGCUGGGCGACCAGGACAUUGACCUCAGUCCAUCGUUUGUGAUUUUCCUCAGCACCAGGGACCCUACGGUAGAGUUCCCACCAGACAUGUGUUCCCGGGUGACGUUCGUGAACUUCACCGUAACUAGGUCCUCACUGCAGUCGCAGUGCCUGCACCGCGUGCUUAAAGCUGAGCGACCCGACAUCGACACUAAGCGCUCAGACUUGCUCAAACUUCAAGGUGAAUUCCAUCUACGAUUGCGUCAGCUAGAGAAGUCUUUGCUUCAAGCUCUAAACGACGCUAAAGGGAAGAUCCUAGACGAUGACUCCGUCAUAGCCACGCUGGAAACACUUAAGAAAGAAGCUGAUGAUAUUGGACAGAAGGUGGAAGAAACUGAUAAAGUAAUAGCAGAAAUUGAAACUGUCAGCCAGCAGUAUUUGCCACUAUCUCAAGCUUGUAGCAGUAUCUACUUCACAAUGGAUUCCUUGAACCAAGUGCAUUUCCUGUACCAGUAUUCACUCAAGAUGUUCCUGGACAUAUUUAGCUCUGUUCUUGUGUGUUCUCUACUCAAUGGUGUCACCGAUUAUACUGCUAGAUUGAAGAUCAUUACUGAGGAACUGUUUUCCGCCGUGUAUGAGCGCGUGGCACGUGGUAUGCUGCAUACUGACCGUCUGACGUUCGCGCUGCUGCUGAGCCGCAUCCAGCUGAAGGGCACCGGCGCCGACGACACGCUCGACCGGUCGUUCGGGGUGUUCCUCCGCGGCAAGGAGGGCUUCGUGUCGCACGCGCCCGCCGCAGACAACCUGGCGCCGCACCAGCACCACGCCGCCGCCAGGCUCGCCACCAGACUGCCGCCGUUCCGGCGCCUGCUGGAGAAGGCGGGCGAGCUGCCGGAGCUGGGCGCGUGGCUGGCGCAGGCCGCGCCCGAGCAGUGCGUGCCCACGCUGUGGGACGGCGAGCCCAGCGCCCCGCCCGCGCCCCACACGCUCGCCAUGUACCGCCUGCUGCUCAUACAGGCAUUCAGACCGGAUCGUGUAAUAGCUGCAGCUACCCAACUGGUCGCCGCGGUACUCGGCUCUGGAUUCAUGGCUAAAGCAGAAACUGAACUGGACUUGGUUUCUAUAACAGAAAACCAACUAAACGCUACAACACCUGCUCUACUCUGCUCCGUCCCUGGAUACGACGCCAGCGGACGCGUGGACGACAUGGCUACGGAAAUGAACAAGCCGCUAUCGAGCAUAGCCAUCGGUUCAGCUGAAGGAUUCAACCAAGCAGAACGGGCUAUCAACACCGCUUGUAAAACGGGACGAUGGGUGAUGCUUAAGAACGUACACCUGGCACCCGUAUGGCUCGUACAGCUGGAGAAGAAGCUGCACUCACUGUCGCCGCACCCGAACUUCCGACUUUUCCUCACCACAGAGAUCAGUCCCAAACUUCCGGUGAACCUUCUGCGCGCCGGCCGCGUCGUGGUCUUCGAACCGCCACCUGGCAUCCGAGCCAACUUGCUGCGGACCUUCGCCACCGUGCCUGCUGCUCGUAUGAUGAAACCUCCGUCAGAACGCGCAAGACUCUACUUCUUACUGGCCUGGUUCCACGGUAUCGUGCAAGAACGUCUCAGGUACGUGCCACUCGGGUGGGCGAAGUACUAUGAGUUCAACGAGUCGGACCUGCGUGUCGCCUGCGACACCCUCGACACUUGGAUAGAUGCCACUGCAAUGGGUCGCACCAACUUGCCGCCUGAGAAGGUCCCGUGGGAGGCGUUGGUGACGUUAUUGUCGCAGUGCAUCUACGGAGGCAAAAUCGACAACUCUUUCGACCAGCGCCUGCUGCACUCAUUCCUCUGCAAGCUUUUUACGCCGCGCUCAUUCGAAGCGGACUUCGCGCUCGUCGCCAAUGUAGAUGGGGCAACUGGUAACCAACGCCACAUCACAAUGCCUGAUGGCAACAGACGUGACCACUUCCUUAAAUGGAUCGAGGAGCUCUCCGACCGUCAGACCCCAUCCUGGCUCGGACUGCCUAAUAAUGCAGAAAAGGUCCUUCUCACCAAUCAAGGCAGUGACCUUGUAUCAAAACUGCUCAAGAUGCAGCAGCUUGAAGAUGAAGAGGAGCUCGCAUAUAAUGCUGCUACUCAGGAUGACCCCAACUCAAUGGUGGUGGAAGGCGACGGAAGACCCGCUUGGAUGAAAACUCUUCACCAAACUGCAACAAACUGGUUGCAACAACUACCACAGGAACUACCUACACUUCGUCGUACAGUGGAGAACAUAAAGGACCCUCUGUAUCGGUUCUUCGAGCGCGAAGUGGCCGCCGGUGCCUCCCUUCUCCAACAAGUGUUGCACGACCUGCGGAACGUCAUUUCCAUCUGUGAGGGCUCUAUGAAGCAAACGAACGAGACGCGCGCGAUGGUGGGCUCGCUGGUGCGCGGCAUGCUGCCGAGUGGGUGGCGGCGGUACGCGGUGGCGCGCGGCUGCACCGUGCAGCAGUGGGUCGGGGACUUCGCGCAGCGCGUCGCACAGCUCGCGGAGGUGUCUCGCGCCGUCGCCGACCGCGGCGCCAAGCGGCUCCAGAGUAUUCCGGUUUGGCUUGGCGGUCUACUCAAUCCGGAAGCAUAUAUAACGGCAACUCGUCAAUGUGUGGCCCAGGCCAACUCAUGGUCGCUUGAAGAGUUACACUUACAGGUGACUAUUCCUGAUCCGGGUACUCCAACAGACAACGCUCAGUCAGAAUGGUCGUUCACCGUGACUGGGUUGAAGUUGCAGGGCGCCACGGUAAAAGGGAACCGGUUGUUGCUCACUAACACCAUCAUGGUGGACUUACCACUUACUGUUCUCACAUGGAUACGUGGGGCGGAGCCGGCGAGCGCGGGCCAGACGCUGACGCUGCCGGUGUACCUCAACAGCGCGCGCUCCGAGCUGCUGUUCACCGUGCGGCUGCCCAUCGCCGCCGGCCAGGAGCCGCACGCCUUCUACGAGCGCGGCGUUGCACUACUCACCUCCACCGCACUCAACUAAUUCACCCACUAGAUACUAAAGCAGGCCGCAUUAUAUCGCACCGCUUCACACAUAUUUAUGUUAUACUUCCUCGUCCACUGUAGGACAAAUAUAAUCGCAAUUAUUUAUUAUAUAUGUAAGCUUGUCUCAAUAUAACAACAAUACAUACUUAUAGAACAAUCGUGUUUUUAUUAUGUUAUUGUCUUAUUAAUUAUGUGAAUGAAGAUUAAGU